UAAGGCUUUAAUUGCAGACUUGGGAAUAUCAAAAUACUUAGAUGAUCCAGCAGCUGCGAGCUCAGUUAUGCUUAUGAACAGAAUUCUGCCUCCAUCUCAUUUUACGAUCUUAAAUAAAGUUAUAUCUCAAAGUAAAGAGAAAUAUAUUGAAGAAAUUUCUCUAAAUAAAAAGAAUAACGCUAUACUUUCAGAUUAUGCUGAUAUUUACAUAAAAUUCUGCUCUUCUGAACUUGACCAGUGUCUAUUACUAGAUGAAAUUUCAGAAAAACUUGAAAAUAUAUCGAAUACAACUGUUGAAUUUAUUGAAAUAAAUAAUUAA